AUCUUCCUUUCUCCUUUUCUUCACCUCAUGAGAAGUUUGUCAUUGCUCGAAUCUUGGCAAUGUACUUUAAUAAUUUGAUUUUGACAAGACAAUUUUGGACUUUAGGGUAGGAUAGUUUCAUAUUAACAUGGGAAUUUGAAAUGAGUUAGUUGUUUGGUUGACACUAAAAAAUGAAAAUGAGGGAAUUGCAAAUUCAUGGGAAUUGUGACUUCCCACAAAACAUGGGAAGUUGAUUACCCAACCCCCCUAGGUAAGUCAAAAUUCCCAUGAUUUGCAACUUCCUUCAUGUCAACCAAACAAUUUUAAGCAAUUCCCAUGAAUUUGAUGUAGGAAUUUAAUUCCCAUGAAAUACAAAUUCUUAUGGGAAGUAAAUUCCCAUAACAACCAAACGACACCUAAAUUAUUAGUGUGAAAAAUGCAAGUAGGCCCCACAACAAUCAUGGAAAAUGUGACUUACCAAGGUGGGGACUCGGAAACCGCAAGUGAUUUUUCAUGUAUGUUUCAUGUGAAUUGAAACUUCUUUUGGAAUAUUCAUUUUCCCCAAUUUGAUGAUUUUGAGUCACAAAACAGUCCAUAGGGAUAGUUCAAGUGGUUAAAGUUUUCCUCGCUUUUAUGACUCUAUAAUCACUAAAUAUUCAUUUCCUAGGAAAUAGAAUUGUUCCUAUAUUUUACCUCCAACCAAACAUCAUCUAUGAUUAUGUUGAAGUGCGUUACAUUGUAAGAAUCGCACCAAAUUAUCUUCAUUCCGAUCUCACCAGAAGUUAUUGUGAAGUGGUUACAUUCUAAAGUUUGCUUAUAUAGUGAUAACUGAUAAUGGCCAGCCAGACAAAGAAGGGUUGGUCAACACACGCUCUCUUUCACAUCAUCGCCUUGUCUUUUCUCUGUAGAGUUAAUACUGUUAUUCUACACCCGUAUUCAAAUAAUAACCAUCCUCAUCAUCUGAGAAAGUACUAGUACUAUAAAUUGGUAUUUAUAAAACAAAAAGUAACCUAUUUAUGUAAUUUAUAAUCAGCCAUAUAUAUUGUUAUAAAACAAAAUCAAUCAAGCUAAUCAAAAAGGGAAUAAAGAAAAAUGAAGCACUUUGUACUAGUGCAUGGGACCUGCCAUGGAGCCUGGUGCUGGUACAAGCUAAUCUCUCUAUUAAGGCAAGCGGGCCACCAGGUUACAGCCGUUGACCUUGGUGGAUGUGGUGUCCAUGCUCGGCCGCUAAGUGAGAUUGAAACCAUUGAUGACUACGUGGAGCCUUUGAUGGAUGUCAUGAGGUCCAUUGAUCCACAUGACGAUGGUGGCCGUGAUAAGAAGGUUGUGCUUGUGGGACAUAGCUUUGGUGGAAUCGCAAUCUCUAUGGCUAUGGAGAAAUUCCCAGAGAAGAUCCUUGUUGCUGUUUUUCUGUCUGCUUAUAUGCCUAAUUGCUCCUCUCCUCCACUUACUCUCGUUCAAGAGACGUUCAAGAGAACACCUUUGGAGGGGUUUUUGGACACGACAUUCAGGUUUGAUAAUGGUCGAGAAAAAGCAGCCACUCAUCUAGUUUUUGGUCCUAAGAUUUUGAGCACUAAACUCUACCAAAAUUGCCAGCCUGAGGAUAUAGAAUUGGCCAAAAAAAUGGUUAAGCUAGAUGGUACAUUCAGUGAGGACUUAGCAAAGGAUUCAUUAUUUUCGGAAGAAAGAUUUGGAAGAGUGAAACGAGUAUUUGUUAUUUCUGAAGAGGAUGAAUUAGUGAAGACGGAUUUUCAAAACUGGAUUAUUGAAAAUAGUCCACCACAUCAAGUGAAAUUCAUACCGAAAGCUGAUCAUAUGGUAAUGUUGUCAAAACCUCAAGAACUAUGCCUUUGUUUGCUAGAGAUCGCUGAUAUAUUGAGCAACAACAACACAUUUCAAGUACAUAGUUCGAUUAUAUCCCAGCCUGCACCCAUAGGGUUUUCAAGCAAUUAUAAUUUACAUUUAUGUGAUUAUUUAUAAAUGAUUGUAAUUGUGGGUUGAUCUAUUGGAAAUAAAAGGCAUGUUUAAGCUGUUAUGUAAUCUUGGGGUAAAAGUCUUAAUGAAAUAGCAGAUUUUGAUUAAGAACAAGCAGCGAUUAUCAAACUGCACAUGUCGGGUGUUUGACAUGCUCAUACAGUCGAGAAAAGCCUAUUGGUGUACCUUGGAUUCUAGGAACAAUCGAGUUUACUCCGUAUGAUGUCUUAACACCAGCCGCGAUAGACUUUAUACCAUACUGCCAGCCGAAAAAGGUCUUUGGUUGUAUGAUAAGCUUAAUAAACGUUGUUGUUGUUUAAGAUACUUUCAGACGCGUUAAAAUCGCAUUUGUGGGCUAGCUAUAGCCUGUAGGCUUGUGGUUAAUCAACUGUUCAGCGUAAUCAAUUCAUAUUACUAUAUCAAAUCCUUUA